UAUUUUUUUAAAAUUGUUUGAGAGAAAGGUACAUUUCGAAAACACGUGAAUAAAAGAUUGAUGAGUAAAUGAAUGGAUAUUUAGUUUGAAUUGCCAACAAGGGAAUUGAGCUACCUUUCCUCUACAAACUAGUGAUUUUCUGGUAUCCCGACUCGACUUCCGUUUCCAUAUUCCCGGGUUUUUUGUUCUCCCGAACAUCACUACGACUUAGUGACUACUACUUAGUGAUGUUCGAGCGAAUAAACUCUGGAAGAGUUAGGAACCAGGGAUGGUUCUUUUUCGCCUCGGCGUUCCAUCCCCCGCUUUUUAAAAUACGGUAGUUGUCUCAUCUAUUUAUUAUCAAAAUAUCAAGUUUGUCGAAAUCCUUCAAAAAAUUGGGAAAACAAUAGAAAAUGAGUAAAAAAGGAAGGGUAAAAAUGAUGAGGUUUGCGCCUUUUAAGAGGCGGUUGCCCCUAAUUUCAUUAAAAAAAAUUUUUGAUCGUUUUUUCAAAUUAAAUGUUUAUAUAAACAAUCGAUUAUCCGAUUCGCGUGUUGUCACCAACUUAAAGGCGAGAAAAGCUUUAAGUAAGCAUUAAAUAUACAAUCAGUCUUUCUUUCCGGUGCUUCCCUUCAACCCCUCCUUCCGGGAAAAAAGAGCAGCCUUUUCAUUUUUUUCUUUGAAUCUUAUCUGUUUUCUUUUUUUAUAUUUUUUUAGUUGUUUUAUCCGAAAUGCGAGAAGCUGGAAAGAAAAAAAGCGCAUAGAAUCAAUUGCCGUUAGAGUGUGGGGAUAACCCCUUUCCAAAGGCUUGUUGUCACGCUCAAUGUUAGAUGCCAUUACAUAUUCGUCUUUUUUCAGUCUUUUAUACAUUUGUUCUUUUUCUGGAAAAGAAGGGACAAGACAAGCUCAGAUUUUUUGGAUCAAGAUAAAAAUAACGGUAGAAAUACAGGAAAAACUAGGAUACUCUCUUGGGGUUAAAAAAUUUUAUUUUAUAAUGAGAUGUAUU